AUGGGAUCGACGCGUCCAGCGCCCAUCGCGCACAAUUCCCCGGCUCUGGGCCCAUCUGCAUCAUCCGUCAAAUCGCAGCCCCGUCUUCAACCUUCACCGCUACCAUUGCAGCCCAUUGAAAACUCAUUCCAUCCGCUGUCCCGUGGCCCGCACAGGCCAUCGCCGACAAAAGGUUUGCCCACCCUGGGCUCACAUCCCGGGCGAAAACUCGGUUUCGUUCCCAUCUCUGCUCCGGCCCCUCCGAUGUUCACCACCGACUCCCCUACCAAGAAACCACCCUUCUCUAUCUACUCGCAACCCUCGAUGCCCCAGUCGGCACUCUUCACCACCUUCUCCAGUGUCAAUAUCGAGUCCAAGGAGAACCAUCAUCCCGAGGACCCCUCCAAUGGCAGCUUUGCCGAUUUCCCAGAACCCUCAUAUGAAUCUCGGCUUCCUAUGAAGCGCAGCCUCAUGGAAUCCGCCCCAUUGAAAGAGCGCUCGCUCAAGAAACAAAAGCGCGAGGACGCGCCCCUUCACCACCUGCCCGAGCCACAUGACAUGCCACCCAUCGAAGACGAUGGCACCAAGCCACCAUAUAGCUACGCGACAUUGAUUGGCAUGUCGAUUUUGCGCGCUCCGAAUCGCCGCCUUACAUUGGCGCAGAUCUACAAAUGGAUUUCCGACACAUUUUCGUACUACAAAAACAGCGACCCAGGCUGGCAAAACAGUAUCCGCCAUAAUCUCAGCUUAAACAAAGCCUUCAUCAAACAAGAGCGUCCAAAGGAUGACCCGGGCAAGGGUAACUACUGGGCAAUCGAGCCUGGUAUGGAAGUGCAGUUCCUCAAGGAUAAGCAAGUUCGCCGUGCCACCAUGUCCAGUCUUCCUCUCCCUGCAAUUCCCCCCAGGGAUCUGAUUCCUCAGUCGCAAGGCGCAAGCACGACCACCUGGAUGGUGCCUCCGCCACCCAUGCAGCAAUCAGCCCCGCCAAAGGUCUCUUCGCGCAGCGUUGACCUGUCAUCGGAUGCUACUUUGCCCGCGUCUGACCCGGCCCUGCAAGACGACACAGACGAGGGCGUCCACACGACUGCGCAUCCAACUGGGCCUCUGCGCUCAUCACCUCCCCCAGCAAUUAGAUCAUCUCCCCCCAUUGCGCCCCCUCGUUUUGCCCGCCAGGGCACCCCGCCUACACCUACCCAGGCCGGUCCGACCCCAGCUCCUCGCCCACGAAAGCGCAAGUCGAUUACAAUGAAUGACAGCGGAUAUUUCUCCUCCUUGGAAUCAUCUGCUUUGCGCCCGAAUAAGGCCGGUCACAUGCUGACAUCUGACCUGGAUAUCGAACCCCCGCGCAUCAAGCGCGGUCGUGCUGAAGAAGAGAUCGCACGGAUUCGCAGCUCCUCCCACGAUAUAAGCCCGGCGCAACCUGCCACGCGCAAGGACACUAGCACCCUGGUUGGUUCUUCGCCUCUGCGUGGAGGCUAUGUGAGCAUGCAGCCACCGCCGUUGACUCCUGUGAUCAAGUUCAAAAAACCAGCCAAGCCCCCACCAUCCGUCUCACCCAACACCAACCUUCGAAAUCACCGUCGUAAGAUCCAGCAGAUGGUCAAUUCACCCAUCAAGCACUUGGGCUUGACAGAUGAAGCCCUGCCUUGGAGUCCGGCUUUCAAUCUUCAUGAUGAAAGCUACACGCCGCACGAUCAUUUCCAUACCACAUUCGAUGUCUUCGCAGACUCAGGGCCCGAGCAUGUCUCGUCGGCUACAUAUGGAUCCCCUGAGAAACGCUCUGUCAAGCGUCAACGAACUGACCACGGACACACUGCGCUCGCCGACAUCACUGCGGUCAGCGUGAACCGUCGGGCUGGUAUUCCCUCUCUGUCACGGUCCAAGUCAGCAGUUUUCCCCGAGUCUCCGUCUAAACUGCCGGAAAUUGGCCGCCUCGGCGACACCAGUCAGGAUGAUUUUUUCUCCUUCCACCUCUUUGACGAGGGCAACGACAGCUCCGGGGAGGUUGACGGUGUGGAUCUUUUGCAGGGGUUCCAAAAGAUUGGAGGGUCUACGAAAGAUGAUGCCCUCAAGCCUCGGGCACUACAUCCACGUCCCCAUCUGAGCAGCCGCAGCAACACCACUCUAUUUUAA